UACUUAACUAACAAACGCAUUAACAUAAAAUUAUUUGCAAAUAAUUUAAUUCGCAAUGAACAAAAUUAUUUUUAUAUAUUGCUUAGUGAGCAGUUAUUUAUUGUCCACAACGACAGCAAAGCCGCUAUUGCAAGGACAACUAUCAGCAGAUAAACCAAAAUUAGUGAAAUAUUCUAAAAUGAGUGUCAACGGUAUAAAUGAAUCCUUUUCGCAAGGAUUAAAAAGUGGAAAAAAUGUUAAACUCAAUGAAUCACUGAAGCCAAAUUGGAAAACUAGUAAUAGAAAUACAGAUUGGUCUGCAUUGGAGCAACACUUGGAGACACAUCGCAAGAAACGUUCACCAUGUUUUAUUAUUAUACAAAAUCCCACUGCUGCACCUACACCGGCUACAACAACCGAAGCACCCGAAAUCGAUGAAAGAAAUCAACAGAGACGUUCUGCAGUAAAGAAAAACGCAGUUAACGCAAAGCAAAAGCAGCAAAGGUUACAGAAGGAAACUACACCCAUUCCAUCUCAGUUCUUUUAAAAAUUAUAUCAAUUUAUUUAAUAAUUUAAGAAGUUAAUCUUAAU